AUGGUGAAAGGACAACAUUCAACGUCAUCAACGACAAAUUUGAUUGAAAAUAGCGUGGAAUCAUCGAAUUCUUCGAUGAGAACGCUGUCCAAUGACUAUACGGAACUAAUGGCCGGCUCGGUUCCAUGUCCAAGCUGUAAAGGUUCUGGGAAAAUACCUAAAGAAUUGGAGGAAACUCUUGUUGCGUUAAUUCCUUUAAAUGAUGAACGUCUAAAGCCAAAACGAACAUGGAUUUAUGUCCUUUCUGGUGUAAUAUCGUGUCUAUUCCUAGCAGGUGGGAUAAUAUUUUUAAUGGUACCUCGAGCCGUGGAUUUGAGUAGUAAUCGACCACCCAUUGAACUCAUCAACGUUUUUUCACCAGCAACAGCAGAUUAUAUUUCUUUCUCUUUCAUGAAUUCUUUAAAUAUUUCGAACGCAAAUUAUUAUUCCGUGAAUAUCAUAAAUUCAACAUCAACGAUAAUAUCAAAAUUUCAACCGUGGUCAAGUGAUGUUAUUGGUUCGGGUGGUAAUAACACGGCCGUUAUUAUUGGUGCCAAAACAAAAAAUAAAUCAAUAUUUUUUAAUAAUACUGUCACAUUAAAGGGUGAUGUUGCAACGUAUUGUCGAGCGCCAUUCUCCAGAUUACUUUCUUUAUAUGUUAAUAUGCAGUUCGAUAUAUCAGUAACAUUGGAAUAUUUAAACCAUCAUGAACAAGCAACUAUUUCCAUGGUUCAGCAAGUUUGUUGUGUUCCAUCGGGCAAUUGUACAUCAGCGUGA